AUGGCUUCAGACGAGCAGAUCCGGGCUUUCAUCGCAAGACAUCACGAACUGCUGGACAGAGAACGCAACGCCGAGAUCGAACGCACCUCUUUGCUUCUCUCCAACUGCCCACCCAGACUAUUGGAACAGAAAGGCCUCUGCCUGGCCGGUCUUGGGACUGCUUCGGUAGGUGUAGGACUCGGAGGGAAGACUUUGGUUGAACUUGAGCGGCCGAGUGCCUAUCAUACGAGCCCGCUUUUUCCUCCACAUUCACUGAGACCAGGAGACCUUGCACGCAUACAAGACCACAAUGCCAGUGCAUCUGGGUCCAGUAAAAAGGCUGCAAAGUCGAAGAAGCCCUCCGAGAAUGGUAGAGUCAAAGCCGAAGGCGUCGAGGGGGUUGUGUACAAGGUCUCAGACACUCGCAUUGUGCUCGCCAUAGAUCCACCAGAAACCGGCGGAGAGGAUCUCAAUCUACCCGAUCGGUGCAGUGUUGUCAAGCUUGCAAACAGCGUCACUUAUGACCGGAUGGACAAGGCACUGACUCAACUUGAGAAGGUGAUCCUCCCUAACUCGGAGUCGAGGGAGGACAAGUUCUUGCCAAAGCAAACUCCACUCAUGCGAGUCUUGCUGGGAGUCGUUCCACCUUCGGAGAGGGUGGUUUUUAAGGACAUGAAGUUCUUUGACCCGUCACUAAACUCUAGCCAGCAAGAAGCCAUUCGCUUUGCUCUUGGUUCUCCAGAAGUGGCAUGCAUUCAUGGCCCUCCCGGAACUGGCAAGACGCAUACAUUAAUCGAGUUGAUUCGACAAUUGACCACCAUCACUCCAACAAAUCCGAGGCCUCAGCGAUUGCUCGUUUGCGGUGCAUCUAACUUGUCCGUGGACAACGUCUUGGAGAGAUUACUGGCUCUUCCCGCUCCAGAUAGUGGUCAGAAGCUGAAAUUCACCCGUGUGGGGCAUCCUGCACGGGUCAUGUCACAAGCCGACGUACUGGAUGCAACUUUGGAAGUAAAGGCGAGCAGGAGCGAUCAAGCCAUCCUAACGAAAGAUGUCAAAAAUGAGCUCGAGGCAACCCUCAAUACCCUCUCGGGAAAAGGGAAAGGAGGGAAGGGUAAAGCACCAAGAGGGAUAGAGAGGAAGAAGAUGUGGGAAGAUGUCAAAGCGUUGAGGAAGGAAUAUCGUCAACGUGAAGGUGGUAUCGUAGAAAGCGUCUUGAAGGAUUCGCAAGUCGUUCUAGCUACUUGCCACUCCUCAGGCGGACGGCAACUUCGCUCACAAGAGUUUGAUGCGGUGAUUAUCGAUGAAGCGACGCAGGCUAUUGAAGCUGUCUGUUGGAUCCCCAUUUUCAAAGCCCAAAAGUUAAUUCUAGCAGGGGAUCCCAUGCAAUUGCCGCCGACAAUCAUUUCCCUCAACCAAAAGGUCAAGGACAGUAGCAAGACAGCGAACGGCACCUCUCAGACGGACAGAUCGAAGACUGCAAAAGGCGCGCUGAAGGCUUCCGAUGAGCCGCCUGAAACACCACAUGUACCCUUGUCAGACCUUGCAUCCGACGAGGAAAAGGACGCGGACCAGAGCGACGAUGAGGAAGGAGACCCUGCGCUGACCGCAGAUCUAGAGGAGUCGCUAAAGGCCGUCCCGAAGGAUCCUCGGAAAGUUACAACCAAAGCUGUCUUGCGUCCCCCACGCACCCUGGAGACAACGCUUUUCGAAAGGCUGGAAAAGAUGUAUGGCCCGGGUAUCAAGCGCAUGCUCACUAUCCAGUAUCGAAUGCACGCGCACAUCGCCACCUUCCCCUCCAAAGUGAUGUACCACUCCCGGCUCAAGUCGCACCCAUCCGUCGCCGCGCACCUCCUGCGCGACUUGCGCGACACCCACGCAAACUCCGAAGAAGACGAGAAGGAGGUGCUGGGAACCCCCGUCGUGUUCUAUGACACCGCGGGAUGCGACUACUUUGAACGAUUGGAGGGCGACGGGGAGGAAGGCAGCCGAUGCAACGAAAACGAAACCUCAGUGGUGAAGAUGUGGGUUGAACAGCUGGUGAAUGCCGGAGUGCUUCCGGCGCAGAUUGCGGUCAUCACUCCAUAUCAGGCUCAAGUAACACUUCUGACCUCGCUUUUGCGACCCUUGUACGGCCCUGAGUUGGAAAUCGGAACCGUCGAUGGAAUGCAGGGACGAGAAAAGGAGGCUGUUGUCAUCAGUCUAGUACGGAGCAACGAGAAGCGAGAGGUCGGUUUCCUGAAAGACAAGAGACGCUUGAACGUCGCAAUGACCAGAGCAAGGCGGCAUCUGUGUAUCAUAGGAGACUCAGGAACCGUGCAGCACGGAAGUCCAUUCCUCAAGAAGUGGACGGCCUGGCUGGAAGCCAAUGCAGAUGUUCGGUACGCCGGUUUGGACUGA